GUCCAUUUUCUUUUCAAGCACACGUUCAAAACGCUGUUCUGGCAGGAGGUGUUGCUGUUGGUACUGCGGUAUAAAUAUGUUGAUUCAACCAUCGAGGUGCACUCUUACUUUGAAACUUUGGCCGGCAUUAACAGUGUGUGGGAAUUUUACUAUGUUCAGGUGAUACCAUAUAGAGAGUGCCGUCCUAGUCAUUACUGUAUUAGCCAACUGAAUUACGAACAGUAUGAGAGCAGAGAUUGCUGCUGUUUUAUUGAUCUUUAUUAUUGCACCGGUUCAUUGAAUUGUUACUUGUUAAUGUGAUUGCGAUAAAUCUGCCUGUGAAUGGAAUCCAAAAUGAUUAACAAAAAUACUGAGUAUCAUGGGCAUAUCCAGGAAAGAGGAAUGGGAGAACAAAAUAAAGCGAAUACAGUUAAUUCCAACAAGUCAAGGGCGUACACAAAUAAAUCCUCAUGGAAUUCAUGGAUUAUUGGUAGGAAUGGCUGGAAUAUAGUCGCUGCAGUCUAUAGAACGUGCUCAUAUCAUUAUGAGUGAUAUCGAUGAUUAAGUAUAGGUAAAACUGAUGUAGUUGAAUAUUUUUACUUCUUAGAGUAGAUGAACAUUUUAACGUUGGUACGCCAACGAUGCCUCCGAUCCAGCUUUCCUCGUUUUCUUUCAGAGGGCGAGAGAACUUGGAGGGGGAUAGCAUGGGUGAGAGAAAGAGAAACCCAGCAGACUACCACUUCGUAUAGGAUUUUAUCAUUUCCUACGUUUCUGUCAAGAAAUCGUUAGUUCUUGAUAUGAAUUAGAUUUUUUUGAGAGGCAACUCUGUAACCUUUGUGUUCGAGAGGUGUUUAGUCUAUGCGCAGGCUACAUCAGCCAUGAGCAAAAUUCCCAAAUCACAAUAAAAACAUGGCAAAAAAACCCACGAAACCUGAUACUUUGUUUUUGGCAAUUGUCAAUGAACCUUUUCAAGACUAAGAAUUUUGCAUAAUUUGUGCACAACCGAACGGGACAUAAAAGGACUUUGAGAGAUUUUCUACCGCUGUGUCGACACAUGAUUUCCUGGGAAUGUUUAAGAUGUCAAAUCCAUAUCGCCAUACGCGCUUAUAUGAAGAACUGAAGCUUUGUAUACUUCAAAAGUUCCGGCAACCUUGUUGACGCGCAGUCACGCAUCACAUGUUAUUUAAGAAUAUCAAUGAACCAACGGUUAACCAAUGGCAAUGAAGAAUUAAUACGUGCUAUUCUAAAAAAAAACGCACAAACAUUCCAACCUCCCGUAGUGUGUGUUAUACCUUGAAGUCAUUCACUUCAGACAGCUGACUACACCUCGCAGGAAAAUGAAGUUCUCUGUUGUAGCAAUAGUGUUCCAGGUCAUCUUGAUUAUCCUGUUUGCGACCCUUGUGGAAUAUGAUCCUAAGCAGUCUGGUGCUUCGACAAGCCCUUCACAGGGAUCCAGUAUUAAUAUCUUAUAUCCAAGUAGGUAGAGAUUUAAAUUUUUUAUCGUAACGUUGUUUGUAUUUGAGGAUCAAUUACUUUAUAUUUGAAGCACCGAUAUGUUUUAACGUAAAUCCCUAGAUAUUAUGCAUGAAUGUUAUGCACUUGCAUGCUGAACGAAUCAAAUUUGCAAAAUCAAUUAUCAAAACGCGCACAAAAUGGCCAGACUGGCUAUUAUUAAAGCGCAAAGGGAAUCGUGUGAUUGAAACUCGAUCAGAUGUUCAAAUCUGGGUGCGAUCUGAUCAUGACGAAAAACUACGAUUCGUGAUACAAUGAUAAUCUGGAUAAUGGUUGCCGCGGCCGACCAGUAGCGCUGUGGUUCAGUGAAACGUAUUCGUGUUAGCAAAGAAAAGGUAAAACCCAACGGAACGCCUAGCCAGAAUUUAGCGUAGUGUUGUGUUCAUACACAUAUUUUAAAUUCCAGUCAAUUGCGCGGCAGUCAUGACCACCACUGCCUUCUUCGCUGCUGUUCGCCGUUUCAGUUGGAAACAGAGAUGCAAAAACUUGUGUACGAAGUUUGUGUAAUAUUUUCUAUAAUUUAAAGCAAGAGCAAGGUAUAAACUAGCGCUCUGUACCUUUUAGCUCUCGAAUUACAACCGAAACUAAAAAGUGUAGCCUGUUUAAAUGUGCAAAAUAUUACAGAUCCAAAAAGUAAUAUAUCGUGUACGAGUGCUUUGGCGCUGUGACUACGCCUGCUGCUUCUCAUCUGAUGUAUUUCGUAAGAAUGCGCAGAUGAUACACCACUGGCAAAACGAGAGCGGUAAUUUUGUCCUGUUUGGCAUUAUAGCCACUCUAUAUUCAAUUAAUUUAUAAUUAGAACAAAAACAAGCUUAAGAUUAAAGCUCAAAUCAAAGAAGGAUGAGGGUGCAUAAGAGUUGGCAAUCACGCGAUCUUGGCCUUCGGUUAAUUGUCCAUAAACGCCUUCCCCAUUUUCAUGUAUUAUCAUCCACAUAAAAGAUAUGUUUUUGUGCAACUGUUCGACUCUUUUUUCAUUUAUUCUCUUAAAUCUAACUUUAAAUCUAACUUUAAUUUUCUGUGACUGUAUUCAACGUACCACUCUUGGUAUUUAUGUUUGAAUGCCGAGUUAUUUAUAUUUUUUUUCGUAUUUUAUUUAAUUGUGUAAAGCGAGAUUUUGACAUAUUGACAUUUUCAUGAGGGUUAUCAUCUGAGUCAAAAGUGAUUGAUAACAUGCGUACAAAAUGCGUUUUGCCCACUGUUAUUUGAGGUGUUAUUUUAACUCCAUUGGUGUUAUUUUGUACCUCGUUUGACCUCACAUUCGGAAUUUAAUAUCUUGCGCCAUGGACACUUAUAUAAUUAUAUUCUAACUCAACUGUUGAGUUGUAUUUUUUUACCAGAAUAUCAUAUAAGACAUAUGCACACAAUAACAAUUCAACAAUGCAACUGUGGGAAUUGGGUUAGAGUCCAAAUUGCCACCCAAUCCCUUUAAAAUGUUUGUAUAUACUGUGCUCGUUUUAUACAUCAGGCAUAAUUAAUCAGCCUCCUUGAAUGUUGCCUAAACCGUGUGGUGUAAUUCCGCAUACUUUAAAUUCAGAGCUUUACAUUAUUAUAUCAUGGCUAAGCAUGCUGACACUGCAGUUAUUUAUCUAAAGUCCGUGAAUGUCAUCGGUGAGUCGCCUCACAGGCUUUCGGUUUUCUAAUCUAUGGUUAAUCAUGCACUUUCCCCAUACAUUUGAGAAUGAAUUUUAUAUAAUUGACAUCGUGAUAAUAACAGGAACCAAAACAAUUAAUAUGAAAGGCAAACAGAACAAUUAUUAGGAAAGUCAAAUUUCUCUAUUUUAGGUUUUUCUAAGUACAGUAGGGUCUUGAAGGUGUCAGAGACUCAAAGUAUAAAGGACAUUGUAUUAUAUAAUUGUUUAAAUUGUAACCCGUUGGCGUCGACACAAUGCUUGAAUACCGCUAUAUAUAAAUACAAUUUAAGUAUUUUGCCGACAGGCCUCUAUUUUGUGGACCUGUGUGGUUUACAUCAUAUGUUUGACCUCUUACCUUGUAUUGAGAUUUUUUGGGGCGAUGAUUUGGAGUGUAUAUAUGUUCACAAAAUGUCUUACUAACUUAACUUUUGUAUCCGGGAGUUGUUCGGGCGUUUAAGGGGUGUGUCGCCGUGUCGCCGCAGCGUAUACCUCCUACGCAUUGAAUUCCCUAAUCACAUAAGGCAAAGUAUGAGAUUUUGCAAUCAUGCUUGUAGCUGUGAUAUAAACGCAUUGACAUGAUUUCGACUUUCUAAAUUAGAUGACUAUUUUUUCAGAUUAUCCAACAAACCACUCAUAUUGUUACGUUGUUAAUUAUUUAUUCUUGCAUGUAGACCUGAACAUGUCUAAUCCUGUCUCUUAAUUAUUACUUUUAAAAGUAAUUGAGUCAACUGUUUGCCUUCUUCUUUUGUUGUACGUUUUUCUGCGCUUUCGGAUCUACUUUUACAUUACUAAUAUCACAAGAAAUAAUAACAGUAACGGAUAUAGAGGUAUUCUUAAAGGAAUAACCUGCAGACUGAGCCAAUAAUCAUGGAAUUAUUUAAAUCCAUGGCUGAAUGACUUUACUUUGUUGCAUAAGUUUUAUUGUACUGAAGAUUCCACAUCAAUACAUCAUUUCUGUAAUACGUAGUUUUGUCUAGUUGUAGUUAACCUGUGCAGAGAAUAAAAGACUGUAUCAUACUAAUGUAUAUGGCUCAAAACGUGUCAAAGGCCACCCUCUGCGGAUUCAUUAUCUGAAAGAGGAAAUUGAAAAAAGCUUAUAAUUACUCUUGGUAUAAUUUUUGUUUUUGGUAUGAAGGUUUUUAGUCACGAAUAAUUGUUACAGGGAACUUUUCAAGUGUUUUAACUAUGUUUCAACAUAAAGCUGGCACCAUAAGGUCAUGUGACUGCCACAGCCAUCUGGGCUGGUUUAAACUAUGACUAUGCUUGCAGUUGCUGAUAUUAUACACGGAUUUCGAAACUUUUUACUCAAUGGUAUAGAGCAGAAUAAUUAGUUCAGUAAUGUGUAGAAUGGAAACAUUUAUACCACAAACGUAAGAGUGACGUCUACAAAUAUUUGACCUAGGCCGCGGUCAAUAAUUGAGAACAAUACGUUAUUAAAGUGCAGAAAGAGAACAAUCGUAUGUGUAUAAUUAUUAAAUAUUAUUGAAAUUACUUAUGAUACGCUUCGAUAAUAUUUUUUGUUGUUAGCCCUUAUGCGGCCUAAUAUAUUUAACAAAAAUAAUAUUCCAAUUUCAUAUACAUAGAAUUGGGCUUAACAGGCUUGUACGAAUUUACCCUACAAAAUUCAAAUCAAUUGUCGUUCAGCUUCAUACCAUAUUUUAGUUGGUGCAGACCUGCCAAACCUCGUGCAUAUAGCCAGUAGCGUAGCCAGCCUGGAAAUUUACUCCUGCUAUGUAAAUUUCAAAGCAUUAUCAUUAUUCAUUUCUUUAGAAAUUCAUUGUUUUCACAGUCUAUGAACACAUAAAUAUUUGCAUAGCAGGAGCAAAUAGUCAGGCUGGCUACGCCACUGCAUAUAGCUGGCACGUAUGUUUUAUCUACGCAUAACUACAUUUUCUUCACGUAUUUUCAUAAAAAUCUUUAUGAUAUUCCUUAGACAUUUUGCUCAAUCGAUAAGAAGACGUAUUUCUGUCGAGGACAAAAGAUAAAGAGUGCGAUGAUUAAAAGAUAAAUGCUGCCCUCCCCUUCCGAAUAUUCUUCGAAGCGUAAUUUUAGAUUCGUUCAAAUCCGACGAAUUGUGCAUUCAGGGCCGUACGCAGGGGGGCAGCAAGGCCUAUAUGCCGAGAAAAGUCCCGAAUAUCCAAAGAAUAGUGAAAGAAUGACAUUUUAAAAAUGGAUCGUAAAUAUAGUUUUCCCUAUGGGGGCAGUUGAUCCCCCCCCCCACCCUGUGUACGGCCUGAACGCAUUGGGUCUGAUAUUGCUAAAUGUUAGCGAAUAUCAUACAGUUAAAAGGUGAUUUAUUUUGACCUUUACAUUUUUCUUCACGUGCCUCCACAAUGCCGGUUUAGAGACCAAAAAUUAUUGACCAAAAAUUGCGCUGACCAGCCAAUUAAUAAUAAUAUAUAAUCUAUCCUGACUCGCGGAUAGAAUAGACUCACAACCAUAAUGAAAGAAUCAGGCGGGAAAAAUCCCUUCAAAUCCCUAUGGUUCCCCUUCCUUUCCCUCCCCCACUUUACCAUUUUUGCCCCCCCUUCCCCCGCCAGUCAAAGUCUCUUUUCUUUAAAAUAUAAGUAAAACUUGGAAUUUAGCAGGGAAUUUUGAUAUUCUAGUAACUGAAAUUUGCUUUUUUUUGUCUUUUUAAAAAUACUGAACAUUCUUUGGUUGCAAUUUUUUAAAAUUAAAUUAUUUGGGGGGGGGCAAAAUCUAUUCCGCCCCCCCCCCUCCCCUCUUAUAAAAUAUUGGGUUGAGGAGCGGUGGGUCCCCUGCUUACUACACCCCUGCAAUCACUAACUUUUAGUUUAGCCGAGCCUUCCGGCAACUCAAAUCUGUAGGGUCUGAGAUAUGCAAUCCACUGGAAAAUGUUUAAAAUCUAAGGUAUUUACAACACAAUGCAAUCAAAUCGUAUAUAUAUUAAUAAUAUAUAUUAAUCAAUACUAACAUUUUUUGUAAUAAUCCAUCCUGACUCACGGAUAGCAUAGACUGCUUACAAAUCAUAAUGAAAGAAUUAAUCAAAGGGCCUAAAAAAGAAGUAGAGAAGGCCUAACAAAAGAAGUAGAGAAGACUCUAAAAAAUGCCAUUUCCGACGAUCUACAGUAGAGACGGAAAAUUUCCCGGUCGGCGCCAACCACGGUGGCGGCGUGGCGCCUCGUGGGAGUCGAUUCCUCUAAGUUUAUCAAGCGUUUUUCUUACCCCUGAGUGACCGAAUUGUGGUAUUUACAUAAACAUACCAUUCAAGUUUAAGAUUCAGUCUGUCUACAGUUUUAUGUAACGCUAUAUAUCCAAGAAUCUGUUUCAGAAAACACAUGAAUUGCAGUCUCAGGGGUAGAAAAAUACAAGAAAUUUGUGGGGGAGAAUGCCCCCAAACCCCCCAACCACACCAAACUCUUUGUUACCAACAACCAUUUGUCAUGUCUCCACAUUCAGAAUAGUAUGGUCCCUUUUUGUAGAGGCUUCCCCCAACGGACGAAUUCUUAAAAAAGGCCCUGGGAAGAAUUAAUGAAAGGGCCUAGCAAAAGAGGUAGAGAUAACUCCGACGAUCUAGAGACUCCUACGGUUUCAAAAAUUUUCCAGGUUAGCGCCAACUAUGGUGGUAAAAUAAUUGGCACCAGCUGAUGAAGUUAGUACCUGCCGCGCAGUGUUCAAUUGAGUAAAAAAAAUUGAAAAAUAAAUUGAAAAAUAAAUUGAAUAAAAAAAUAUUGAAAUAUAAUAUUUCAAUAUUAUAAUAUUGAAAAAUAAAUUGAGUGAAAAUAAAUUGAAAAAUAUUAAAAUUCUAUUUUGUAUUAAUUAAGUAUUUACAAAGAAAGAUGAAGUACAUGGAUAUGGUAAAUGCCAAGGAUUUUUAAAGGAAAUACUGGAAGACUGCAGUUUGUGGAAAGAGACUCACAGAAUGAAAUCUAAGCAAUGAAUGACUGGAUUGUUCUCGGCAGUUUUACAUGCACAUGCUCUAUAGAAAAGUAAUGCUAAUAACAAACACAUGUUUUUAUCAAUAACUUUACAUGCAUUCUAAUUAUUUUCUAUAUUAAAACACAGGAAAGUAAUUAGUUUGCAUUGCAGACGGCCGCCUACUCCCUGUCUCUACUAUUUGUUUCGUGGGUUGGAAUGAAACACGGAUCUGGAAUUACGGAACUGCGGAAUUGCGGAAACAAAAAAGGAAUAAAAUGCGAAAAAUCGGACAAAACGCGGAAAAAGGGAUAAAAAGCGGAUUUAAAAGGUUUCCAAAACGGCGAGAGUUCGGAAUAUACGUUAACAUUAGGCCAGCCAAAGGCUGUCGUAAGCGCGAGUUGGCCAGUGCACCAAAAUUGUCAGGCACAAUUUAGUUAAUAUACUGGCUGCCUUACUAGGACUGUUUGCAUCUUUGCAAUUCUCUUUUAGUAUGUUCUUUAAUGCGAUUAAUAGAGAACUACAUUGGUUGUAUAGACCCAAUUUUUAUUUUAGCCACCUUAGUUAAGCAUGUUACAUUCCUGGAAUUAUUCAACUGAUGGAAACGGUGCAACGGUUAGAGUCAUCCUAUUUCACUUUAAAAAGGCUUUUGACUUGAUAGAUCAUGGUUUAUUGGUUGCUAAACUCACACAUAUAACUUACCGCACUGGUUUAUUAACUGGAUCAUAGAUUUUCUCACAUGUAGAAAACAGAGUAAAGCUAAAUCAAGAGGAUUAUUCGGAUUGGGCUGAAAUCCCCGCCGGAGUUCCUCAGGAUACGAAAUUGGGCUCAUGAUGGCAUGAUUAUACUUAAUAAUGAUCAAUAAAUUAACAACCUCUAGUGGUGACAUGUGGAAGUUCGUAGACGACACGACCGUAGACGAAUUAGCAAGUACAGCGAAAGUAGGAUCCAAAUCACAGUUAAAGACCUAUCAACUCAAAUUUCUGAACUAAAAUUCCAACUGAACGAAAAGAAAUGCAAAGAAUUAAUAUUACGCAUUGGUUUUUGUAAACCAAGUGCCGACUUCGAUCCAGUUAUUGUGAGCGAUAUUCCUUUGGAGGUAGUUCCUGUGCAAACAUUUUUGGUCUAACCGUUUCCAGCAAUUUAAAAUGGAAUGAUCACAUUUAUCAAACCAUCGUGAAAGCAAGAAAGCAAUUGUAUUUUUUGACACAACUUAAACGUGCCAAAGUUGGGAUUGAUGAAUUGGUUCUAUUUUACAGCACAUGCGUCAGACUAAUUUGGGAAUAUGCGUGUCCUGUUUUUAUAACAGUUUAUGUCCAGUUACUUAUCUAAUAAUCUAGAAAUAAUUCAGAAGAGAGCGUUGAGAAUAAUCCAGCCCUGGAUUCCUUAUACGGACGCGCUGUCACUCACCGGUCUUCAACAUCUUAGCACCAGAAGAGAGAAGAUAACCAAUAAGCUCUUCCAGGACAUUAUGAUGGACGAAAAUCAUAAACUUCAUGAAUUUCUUCCACCCCGAAACACCUGCGUCACCGAUCGUAGGGCCAAACAUAAGUUUAACGCAAACUUUGGAACAAAUAGUUUUAAAAAUAGUUUUUUUAUUGCUAGUUCACUAGAAUUCUAGCCAAUUUGAAUAACACUAAACAUUAGAACUGGCCAUUUUAAUAAUGGUCUUUUAGAGUAGCCUUUUAUCUUAGUUAAAAAUAUUAUUGCCAAGCAAAUAAUUCGUAAAAGUGGCAUAUUCAAAAAACAUUUGGUAUAUAAAAAAAUAUUUAUUAAGUAACGUUUCAGACUAAAUACGCGACAUCAUCAGACUAAAUACAGUAAAGCUAUUUCAUCUAUUUUAUAACAAAUUUUGAAAAAAUAUAUGAUAUACGAUUACAAACGGUUAAAAAGUUAAAAUUAGAAAGAUACAAUAUAUAUAUAUAUUGUAUUUUUAACUAGGAUUCGUUUACCGCCUGGUGUUUGUGUAGCCUUUUAUCCCUUGUUCACCAAACUUCAGUUGAUUUUAUGUAAUUUGUAAUGUUGGUGUAAUAUAGCUACAGUAAUUGGAUCUUAUGUAUUGUAAACAUAAUUCAGCCUAUGGCUGCAAGGUUUAUCAAUUAGAAACAUCUAUCUAUCUAUCUAUAUCUAUCUAUCUAUCAAAGUUCCAUGCAUGGGUGUUUCACCCCUUCCAUAUCUGAAACUGAUACGGUAAUACAAGACUCCCUCCCAAAGCUCCCACGCCUAUUUGAAACAGCGCUGUCAACACCUUAAAGUGUUUGGAUCCGGUGACGUUAUACAUUGGUGAUAAGGAUCGAGGCUAAUACAUCUCUCAAUUUAUUAUUUUUACAUGGUUAUCCAUGUCUAAAUUCGUCCUAUGCGCAUCACUGUUUUUUUACAAAAAGACGCCUGGGUACGAGGCAGGGUUAUCCAUGUUAAAAAUAGAAAUUAUGCAUGAUUCUUUGAUCCGGUGACCAGAGUUGUUAACGAGUCCUAUGUUGCAAGUCCAAGUCAAGUAAUUUCCUGCAAGUUCAAGUCAAGUCACAAGUCAUUUGGUUUGAGUUCAAGUCAAGUCACAAGUCAUUUUGUCUAAAUCCAAGUCAAGUCAAGUCACAAGUCAUUUUAUCGCCACAUGUGGCCAUGUUUUCCCACGCAAAACGGCAAAAUAUUAGUGAUGGGCGAUACCGAGUACUUGGUAUUCGAUACCAGCGAUACCACAAACAGCGGUAUCGGUAUCGAUUACUGACACGGUACCGUUCGAUACUUGCACCCUUUUUUUAAAGAGCUGUUUAAUUUCACUUCUUGGUUGAAUAAGAAUUAAUGAACCACUAAAAUAACUCUUAAUAUUCCAAAUGUGGUGCGCCAAGUCAUGUAUAGAAAAUAUUUAUUACGUUUCGGGCUUUUGGUUUACAUAUAGCUUUAUUUAGGUUACAUACAGUAAUGAAAAAUGUUUUUCAGCUGACCGGCAGGUAUCGAAAGUAGCCGAUACUAGCAAUUUAAGUACUCACUUCCGGUAUCGAAAAUUGAAAUUUUGUGUUCGUUUUGGUAUCGAAAUAGGUAUCGGCCGAUACCGAUCUUAAAAGUAUCGGUAUCGAAUUAAAAAUCCUGGUAUCGUCCAUCACUACAAAAUAUGUAAAUAUGGCGUCGUUAUUUUUAUGUCAGAAAUUUUACCACGAAAUCGCGAAAAAAACCCGUUUUGUCAGAAAAUACACAGGCACAAAUUCUGUCGAUGCCAUUGAUAUGUACUAAGGUCGUUGCCCAAAUUGUACAAUACGACGAUCGAUCGAUCAACAUAAAGAUUUUGGAAAACUUGAUUUUCACUAGACAUUUACGUUUGACUUGCGUUGGUAACAAGUUAAUGUAAACGAGGACUCUAAUGCUGGCUCAAGGCCAAGAUGGAAAAAGUGGCUCACGAGAUGAUUCAAACGGCUACUUUGCGGAUUUAACAUCACAGCUGACAAAAGAAAAACAGCUUUGUUCUUGCACUACGCUGGCCGUGAUGUCGAUGAUAUCUACGAUACUCUGCCGACUAGCAGCAACGAAGACUACAAAACCGUAGUGGAAAAGCUCAACCAGUACUUCUCAAUCUUAAGAUAAAUAUUAAUGCCUAGCAUAAAAUACGUAAAAGAGCCAUAACAAAAAUAUAGUUUAAAAUAUUUAUUAGAAAGCUAACGUUUACAUUGUGAUUGUCAAACUAGAUAAGGGAAAUGGGGUAGUUAUUCUUGACAUGGACGACUACAACAAGAAAAUGGAAGCCAUACUGGAAGAUGAAACCAAAUUUCAACGCCUAGACGAAGACCAGUAGCGUAGCCAGCCCGACGAUUUAGUCCCGCUAUUUUCGUGUUCAAUGACUGUGAAAACAAUCAAUUUCUAAAGAAAUGAAUAAUGAUAAUAAUUUGAAUUUGCAUAGCGGGACUAAAUUGUCGGGCUGGCUACGCCACUGACGAAGACCCGGUAAAACUGACGUUACAACGCGAGAACAAAGUCAAGAGGUUCCUGUCGACGUUAAAUAAAUCAGAAUCAAUCACGCAAGCAACCUAUGAAAAACUAUAUCGGAGUGGUUCUCGGAUUGGAAUUUUAUACGGACUACCUAAAAUCCACAAGGCAAUAUCCCACUUAGGCCUAAUCUUUCUUGUAUAAACCAUUAUUCCUAUAAAAUCGCUAAUUUUUUUAUUCCUCUCCUCAAUCCCAUUUUGUCGGGUGCUUAUAUGAUUAAAAAUUCUUUUUCGUUUGUCCAGGAAUUACUCAGCCUCAAUCUCGAUUCCAACAACGUUGUCAUGGCAAGCUUUGAUGUGACUUCCUUAUUUACCAACAUUCCUCUAGAUGAAACAAUUGACAUAAUUUCAAACCGCUUAUCUCUAAUGCUGUUCGCUUUCAUGGUCUGACUCAUUUAAGAAACUUCUUGGUCUUGCUGUGAAAAACUGCUCUUUUUUUUUUAAUGGGGUUCUGUUUCAGCAGAUUGACGGCGUUGCUAUGGGGUCACCCUUAGGUCCUUUAUUCGCCAAUAUAUUCCUGUCUUUUCAUUAGUCCAACUAACUGGUUAAAUAACUGUCCUGUCAACUUUAAGCCAUUAUUGUACCACCGCUAUAUUGGUGACUGGUUCUUGAUUUUCCAGUCUGCUGAUCAUAUACCUCAAUUCCUCUCUUACUUAAAUCGCCAACACCCUAAUAUUAAAUUCACUAGUGAAGUUGAAUCUAGUUCCACACUUCCCUUUCUUGAUAUCAGCAUUUCUCGUAAGAAUGGUGUUUUCGAAACUUCUGUUUAUCGAAAGCCCACCUUCACAGGUCUGUUUACCAACUUCCGUAGCUUUAGUCCUUUUCAAUAUAAACGUAGCUUAGUUUCUUCUCUUAUUCAUCGUUUCUUUAGUCUUUGCUCCAAUUAUGAGAACUUUCACGCUCAGUUAAAAAUAUACCGCCAGAUUCUUAAUAAAAAUUGUUAUUCAACUCGUAUUUUUAAUCGCUGCGUACGAACAUUUUUAGAAAAUGUGUCUCAACCCAAACCAGCUGUUCAUUCUGCUCCUAAGAAAGUUCUAUAUUUCUCUCUUCAUAUACUGGCGCUCGCUCUCUUCAAAUUCGCACCCAAAUCUCCCGUCUUUGUUUCUCGGCCUUUUCCCAUCUUAAUAUUAGAUUCGUUUUUCGUCCAACUUUACGUUUGUCUCAACUCUUCCUAACGCUUUAAGAUCUCGUGUUGUGUAUUCCUUCACGUGUCGUUGCUGUUCCGCAACGUAUUUGGGCCAAACGGUCCGUCACUUGCACACACGAGUAUCUGAACACUUGGGUGUUUCUCCUCUAACAGGCAGUAAAAGCAGCAAUCCGACCAUGUCUAGUAUCCUUUUCCAUCUUCAUAGCACUGGUCACUCCGCCUCUCUUAAUGAUUUUAAGAUUAUUUUUUGUUGCUCUUCUCCAGACGAACUCCUCAUUCGAGAAAGUCUUCUCAUUAACAAACUCAAACCCUCUCUCAACUUACAAGGCAGUUCGGUUUCUCUACUUCUACUCUGAUCCAUUCCUUUUUCUACUUUUGUAAUAUAAUAUCUUGUAAAUAGUUGUAAUUUAUUCAUAUUUCUGUGUUUUCCGCUUUGUAUGUCAUUGCUCUGAAGAUGCCUGAAGACGAAACGUUAGCCUUCUAAUAAAUAUUUUAAAUUAUAUUUUUGUUAUGGCUCUUGCUGGGCAUGUUAUGGCUAUAAUGCUGGGCAUUAAUAUUUAUCUUAAGAUUACGAUUUCCGCCUGGUUCAUCUAUUGCAAGUACUUCUCACCUCAUACUAAGGCCACAUAAAAAAAUAGUUGGUUAGCGUCCUCGCCCGCCCACAAAAAAGGCCCCGCUCAGAAAAAAAAACUUUUAUUGAUCAACGGGCUCUAAUAUAUGUAGUAUUUCUGUUGACUGUAGUCAAUUGUGUUAAUAAGUUGCGAAAUUGCGUGCGAAAAUGACGAUAUGAAUCAUAUUUUGAAAUAUAUAAAAUAAAAUCUGUACUGCGCAAGAAAAUCCAGUUUCGGAUCUAAAACCAAGGCAAAACCAAAAAUUAGUAAAAAUUAAAAAAAAGCAGCGCCCGCCCGCCCGCCCAUUUUUUGGCAAAAGCUAAGGACACUAACCAACUAUUUUUUUAUGUGGCCUAAUGUGGCUUUCUAAGUUUUUAACUUCCGCCAAGCGAAACAGAAACCCGACGAGUCCCUUGAUUCUUAUCAUACUCGAUUACGCCAUCUUUCUCAAACGUGCGAAUUUAGCGACCCCGCUAAUGAAAUCGAAGACCAUAUUAUUUUGAUCUGUACGUCCAACUUGAUCUACCGAACCUGAUGAAGACCGAUAGAGCCAUCGAACUAAGCGAAAAACAAGCCAGCCAAGUCGAGCAACAAGAAUUCUCAAGCGUCAAUUUAAUUCGUCACGGAAAUAUACAACAGCCAAAUACGGAAGCCAUAAGGCCUCCAAGAUCGCGUUUUGAGAACCAACGAUCACGUAAUUUCAGAGGCGCUGAGCAAACUCGUGCCAUAGAAACCUGUGGAAACUGCAGUGGGACAUACUCGCAUACCAGAGUUUGCCCAGCAAGAGGCAAGGACUGCAAAUCUUGUGGGAAAAUCGGACAUUUUGCCCGGAUUUGCCGCACCAAACCCCCAUCAUCACAGCAUGUUAAGAAUGUCACCCAUGUCUCCACCCGAUUCCGACUCCGAACCAAACUAUGUUUUCACAAUCGCAAAUCUCUCUGGAACACCCACACCACCAAAGUGCCACGUAAACAUUGCCAACCACAAAAUUGAUUCCUAUGGAUCACUACGUCCACUGCCACUAAAAGGAGUUAUCGAAACCAACAUUUCCACUGAUUCUAAGCACCUUUCUUCCCAAUUCCAUGUAGUUCACGGGAACUCUGGAAAUCUGCUAAGCACCACAUGGUGUACCACCGGCUGCCAACUCAACUUGCUCAAAGUUACGAUCAACAGCACUACCCAUCAACUAUCUUCAACUAAUCAGUAUCCCCAGAAUUCGAAUGCCUCUCCUCUGGCAUUGGAAAGCUAACUGGUAAAACUGGUAAACUGCACAUUGAUCCUGAUGUUUCCCCCAAACAACAACCCCACCGUCGAAUCCCAUUCCACGUUCGAUCUGAUGUCGAGAAAGAGCUCAAACGGCUUGAUGAGUUAGAUAUCAUCGAAAAGGUUGAUGGACCAACACCAUGGAUCAGUCCCAUGGUGGUCGGGCGAAGUCCGAAUAUGUAUUGAUAUGCGUGAGGCCAACCAGGCGGUCAAACGAGAAAAACAUUUGAUGCCCACAAUCGAUGACCUGGUAGCUGAUUUAAAUGAUGCAACCGUGUUUAUAGCUUUAGAUCUAUCCUUUGGCUACCAUCAACUUGAACAUGCAGAAGAAAGCCGGCACAUCACCACUUUCAGCACACGCCUCGGCCUCCGACGGUACAAACGACUUCUGUUCGGCAUAAAUGCCGCCUCUGAGAUCUUCCAAAGAGGUACUGACUGGCCUACCAGGCUGUAAGAACAUAUCCGACGAUAUAAUCGUUUUUGGCAAAGGUCAAACCACUCAUGAUGCCAUCCUCCGUCAAGUCCUUGAAAGGCUAAAGUCCCACAACCUUCGCUUAAACAAAGAGAAGUGCCACUUUUCGAAAUCGGAAUAAUGUUCUAUGGUCACAUCUUCAGCGCGGAAGGACUACGCCCCGACCACAAGAAGGAUGAAGCUAUCCAGAAUGCCACACCUCCACGUAGUCCUGUCACGCUACACACCCGGUUAUGCUGAUAUCACAGCUCCUUUAUGGGUGCCUUGACAAAAGACGACGCAACCUGGAAAUGGGAAGAAAUAGAGCAAGUAGCCCUUGACAAACUCAAGAAAGCUUUCACUGACAACCAAGUCAUGUCGUACUUCGAUCCUCACCAAACCACAGAAGUGAUUGUUGAUGCAAUCCCGGUUGGUCUUGGUACACUGCUAGUCCAAAACGACACUGCUAGUCCAAAACGAUGUAAUAUAAGCUCAUUGUUGUUCUGUUGCCUUGGCGUGCAGGUGGACCGGGUGCGAGAGUUUGCAUGUGCAUGUAUAUAAAGAAUAGGUUAUUAAUAAAAGUGUUCAACUACAACAUUACAAUUUUUACUGCUAUUAUUUAUUAUUAUUUACUUUUAUUAUUAUGUAAACUUAUUUUAAUACGGUGGCCUUUCAGUUACCUGUUUUUCAAAGGUCGUACUUAGAACAAAUUUACAUGCAGAAAAAAAUACAGAACAAUGGUUAUUUACCUUAAAAAUGAAAUGAUUAUUUACAAUCAAUGAAUAUGUAACCAUUGGAUUGUAGAUGGAAAUUUCGAGAGUAAAUUUUAUACAUUUAUUUACACCUAUCCAAGAGCAGGUGCGAAUUAAAAUGCAACUAUAUACGCCCUGGGAAGGAAUCGAACCUACGGCCCUUAUAUAAUUUCAUCACCUUAGUAUAAUACAUGAACUAGCAGUUGGAGCUCUACAACUGGAGGAAUUGCAAAGCAGCGAGGUUCGAUUCCUACCAGAACUGCUCCUGGUUAGGUCUAAUAAAUGUAUUAAAAUUUUCACUCAGAAUUUCCAUCUACAAAAUUAUCCUUCAACAUGUACAUUUAUGAUUCCAAUGCAUUCAUCUGCUUUACAUAUAAUCAUCAUUAUAUCUGUUCAAUUUUUCAUCUAGUGUUCCAAGAUGUUCACGUGAUGAUUUUCGUCGGCUUUGGAUUCCUGAUGACUUUCUUAAAGAGAUAUGGUUAUGGAGCUGUUGGUUACAACUUCUUUAUUUCUGCCCUGGCCAUUCAGUGGUAUAUCAUUAUUCAAGGAUGUAUUGAGCAUCGUGGGCAGUCUGGAUUCGAUAUUAAACUAAACAUGAAAAGGUAUGUGGGAAACAUUAGAAGAUAACAUUUUUUCACAUAUAUACCGUACUUUCUACAUAUAUGUAUAAUUUUCAAAUCUCAGCAAACCUUCAUGGGGACCGAAUCAAAGCAGUCACUGGGGUUGCACUCUGUCCAAAACUUAUGUACAAGACUUAUAUACAAAUUAGUUAUUAUUCUCUAAAUUAAUACACUUCCUCAUUCCUAUAGAUAACUAUAUAAGACGUUAUCGGAACAUAAUCACAUACUUUCAUACACGCACAAUUAUAUACUUGUGUUUUAGAAUAUAUAUUUCCCAGUUUUCAAAUAAUUUCCAUAAUUUCCACAAGGUGUCAAUUUAUCUUGUUCUAUUUUGUGCCAUUUCAUUUUAUGCUAACAAAAAACCAUGCAUUUCGCCAUUUCAUACAAAACGUGGGAAUCUACUAUUUUAGAGACUGCACUCUAAAAACAUCCUGGUUAAAAUUGUCCUCGUUAACCUAGAAAUAGCCAUUUAGUAAUAUUCCUGGUUAAUUUUAUGUUUAUCUUAUCCCACUCCCUAUAUCAUAAUCUGGUUAAUGUAACCAUGAAUCUGGUAAUUAUAUUUGACCAGGGUGUCCUGGUUUAAAUAACAUGACCAUGUUAGAUGGACUGUAAAUAACGGCUUCUGGUUAUUUAUUUAUCUAACAUUGUCUGGUUAUGUUUGUGAUGUUACUCUGAGUGUGCAUCCACACCGGGCAAGCUGAAAAGUUAGCUUGGCCACGGUGGGAAUCGAACCCGCGAUCUUUGGGAUACUAGUCCAAUGCUCUGCCAACUGAGCUAAGUGGUCAAGUCGGUUCGAGUUGAUGAUAUUUCGGAACUGAGUCUAGUUUUUUCUAUAUCAGUGUAUUCUAUGAUAUUAUUAUUUUGUGUGUGUUGGUGUUAUGUACUCAGGUGAAUAUGAUGUUUGUGAUGUUAGUCUGAGUGUGCAUCCACACCGGGCAAGCUGAAAAGUUAGCUUGGCCAUGGUGGGAAUCGAACCCGCGACCUUUGGGAUACUAGUCCAAUGCUCUGCCAACUGAGCUAUACGUGGUCAAGUCGGUUCGAGUUCAAUUCAUUGAAACAGUGCUUGCAGCUUGCUCGUUUGAUACAUAAUACUAUUCUCAAAGGUGUCGUGUGUUGGUGUUAUGUACUCAUAUUCACCUAAGUACAUAACACCAACAUGCACACACAAAUUAAAAUAAUCGGUCUGGUUAAUUUAACCAGACUAUGGUAGGAAGUAAGGUAAAAUAACCAGGGAAUGGUUACAACCAAUUGCAAUGAACAACUUGCAUGUUAGACUAAAUUUUAAUCUAAGUAAAGAGAAGGGAAUCAAACACUACAGCUAAAAAGAACAUAAUGAAAUUAGUAAAAUUGCAAAUUUUGGUUGCAAAAUGUUGUAAAGCUUGGAAAAUAUAGUUUUGCAAAGUUUCCAAAUUUUGUAUAUGUUUGAAUUACGUGCGGAAAUUGUUAUCAUUUUCGGCUUAGAAAUGGUAACAAUUUCCGCACGUAAGACAAACAUAUACAAAAUAUGCAAACUUCGCAAGGCUAUAUUUUCCGUAUUUUACAACAUAUUCUAACCAAAUUUUGCAAUUUUACUAAUUUUAAUAAGUUCUUUACGGGAAUUUACUUUUUCUUGGCUAGAUCAAAAAUUAAUCUAACAUGCAAGACAGUUAGUUGUCUAUUGACCGUGAGGGGUGCAUAAACAACCUCGCAUUCUCAUUUGGUAUAGACGAACCCUUACCUUAGCGACAAUGAAGUUCCCCCCUAGUUAAGUCAACUUUCAUCCAAUAAACAUGAAGUUUGAAACAAUGAACAAAUGUUUAAUUAUGCGUAGCAAAGCUAUCUGUUGGGUGCAACUGGUGUUGUUUAAUUGUUUGCGUGUCAUUUCCAUCUUUUCUAUAGCUUGAUCACUGCAGAUUUCUCUGCUGCUGCUGUGCUCAUAACAUUUGGUGCUGUUUUGGGCAAAGUCAGCCGCCUUCAACUGUUGAUCAUCGCAUUUAUUGAAAUCAUCAUGUUUACUGUAAACGAGUUCAUCUUAUUGGAAGAAUUGAAGGUUGCAGAUGCUGGUGGUUCAAUGGUUAUUCAUUGUUUUGGUGCUUACUUUGGUUUGGCAUUAAGUUUCGUGUUAAAAAGACCAGCGGACACUGAUAACAACGCUAAGGAAGGAUCAGUGUAUCAUUCAGAUAUCUUUGCCAUGAUUGGUCAGUUGAUAGAGACAGUACAAGUCAAGAAAUACAAGCAACAAAAUUUCUUCAACUUGCAACAAAUGCUGAUUUAAACACAUGUUUCACACAAAUGUUUACGUAUGUUGCCUUGUCUUUUGCAACUAAUGCACGAAGAUUUUUCAUUAACACGUGUUGAAGUCAGCCUUUUACUGUAAAUUUCAAGGAGUUGAGAUUUUGGUGACAGAAUAACACUUUUGGAGUUGAUUCAACUCUUUGAAAUUUACAGAAUGUAAUUUUGUUGCUUGUAUAUUUUCCAUUCAUUCCAUUAAAUAUGAUUAAAAAUCCAAAUGCAUCUUGUCAUACUAUGAAAGCCUUAAAAGCGAAUAAUUAGCACACUAAAUCCCAUAAGCGUUACUAGUUUUAUGCACCUUUGAGAUGGAAAAUGGUUUAUUCGGCAUAGGAAAUAGGAGAAUUUUAAAAUCUCGUUAGUUUCAGAGACUUUAUAAUAAUAAUAGGUAAAUGAUGAGCUCAUUUGGUAAUUCGUGUCAAUCCAAUUAGUCUUAAAGUUUCUCACGAAGGCCAAAAUCCGCCAUUUUUGGGGGUACUGUCUGCCCUCGUGAAAGAUUCUAGACAAUUCAAACAACGUGAAAAGGGACUUUCAAAAGUGGUAGCUGUAAAUUUACCAUUAUACAAACAACUAUAAUACUAAAAAUUUAUAUUUUGUGGUGCGGAGACUCUCAAAUGUGGGAGAGUCAGAACCCCCCAAAUGGCGGGAAAAUCGGCCGUAUAUAUAGAAAGGCUAAUUGAUAAUGGUGACCAACCAAAUGAGAAAACGAUCAGUAUGAUAUACUAUUUGCAGUCCCAUAUUUUGAAUACGGAAAAUAUGACUGACCAAAUCUCAAAAUUCGUCAACAUUUCUGUCCUUGCGGAGCUGGCUGACAAGGUUGUCUUUCGACAGUCAGUUCAAGCUAUGUGAAAUACUCAAAUGUUCAUGCCAAUGGGUUCCAGAUGAUCUUGAUACACGGAAAAGUACUGGCACUAGUUGUCAAAUAGAAAUCCAUUUUAUGAUUAAAACAACUGAAUAUCUCCUGUAAUAUACUUUAUUUCGAUUCCAUAUUUUUGUCAGAGCUAUAGUUCUCAUAACCAAACAUAAUUACAAAAUUUCAACUAGUUUCAUAAAGAAUAACGAAAGAUAUAAUUGACUGAAUACACCAAAAUGGAUUUCUAUUCGGACAACCCUUUCUGAGCGCUGAUUGGCUAAAAUACGAACACGGGAUCACCUGGUUAGUUACCGAGGUAUAACUAAGUUGAUUAUUAACCGUGGCACGUGCAGCAAGCUAUAAGCAUCGUGGUAAAAGGUUACCGAGGUCGAGGUUGUAGUUAAUUGCCUCUUCUAGCAAUUAAUACAUUGAUUAUUGUCCCAGGGUUGUAUGAGGUUGAGCAUGGUAUCAAGAAUUAUUCAGACCUCAGUCAAUGUUAUCUGCCGAAGCGAAAUAAAUAAUAAUGAGAAUUAUGCAUGCGUUGUUGACCAAUAACAAACUAGAAUAGAGUUUGAAUGUAUAAUAAUAAUGAAUUCCCUGGGACAAUAGGUUAAACGCCACGAAUAUUUAAGCUUGGAGGGGAAAACCGACUCAAUCACGAACUAAGUGAUUUAAUUAUAAUUAAUUUAGAAACUUUCAUCAAGUUAAUUGUAAACAACAUAUGAGUACAUAUGAAUAACAUAGAGUAAAAGUAAUCACAAAAAUUUAGUAACUUCAUGAGGGGCUAACGAACGGACUCGAAGUUCCAGCGAGGUUAACUCCUUGGCAAACAUAAACAAUGCAACUUGAAAGUUAAAGGAAUGAAUAAAAUUAGAGUGAAUGAGCCCCCACACGGCUAGAACCUGCACAUGCAGCAUUGACGCUUUUAAAGGUUUAGCAGAUUUACUAACUGUAAAGUAAUUGGACAGCCCCUCCCACCCCCAUCAAUUCAGUCCGCCUUAUCGGCCACACACGGGAACCCAGCCGUGAAAAGGUUAAUUGACCUUAGUCUUAGAAAUCCUUACGUCACGUCUGUCAAACAUGAAUACUGAUGUUGAAAAAUGAUGCUGGCCUUUUCAAAAUGUGGGACUGCGUACAGGCAUGGAUAAUAAAAUAAAUGGAUAGGAAACUAGCUGACGUGACCUAAUGUUUUUACUGGGAUUGAUGGCGUGGUUAAAUGCCUCAACCUAGUUGAAAAUCAAAUUCUCAAAAACGGCAUGUUUAGCAAUAAUACAGCUAAACAUUUUAGUCAAAGAGCAAAUAAAUGUAACCACGCCAUUCUACGAUGGAAACUCUAAGUAUUCCCAGUCAAUUUUAGCAAAUAUUUUAAGCACUAAACAGUGAAAAAUACAUCGCAAAUUUCGUUAAAAUUUGUGACGCCAAUUUCAUAGCUAUAAAUGUAAAAAAAUACAAAACAAAGACGAAAAACAUUUACCUUGAAUACUUUGUCGUGGCUUAGGCAUGUUUUUAAAACAAUUAGACCAGUUUACGCUUCAAGAGCACCCUUUUAAAGUGGAAAAUAUAGCAAAACAACAAAUAUGACGAGAACUUUGGUAACAUAAUAACAUUCGCAAUACGCGUGACGUCACGUUUUUCAACAAGGAUGCAGUCAAUGACGUCAGAAGUUUCCAAUCCAUUUAUUUUAUUAUCCAUGGUGCAGGCUAGAGAAAGCUAUAACUUUCUAUGUAAUCAUGUAGGAACUGUCUUCUUGUGGAUGUACUGGCCAAGUUUCAACAGUGCAUUGGUUUCACCAGCAGUUGACCAACAGAGAGCUGUUAUUAAUACAUAUCUUUCACUUGUGGCUUGUUGUGUUACAACGUUUGCCGUCUCGGCACUCAUUAACAAAGACAGGAAACUUGACAUGGUAUGAUCAGUGAACUCAAUUAUAUAACUGAUGUAAUAUUUUUCCUUCAAUUAGUAGGUAAUGGAGAAAGUUCUAUGUGUGCUCGAUGUGCUUACUUUAUCACGGUUAAAUGGCACGAGGAACUAGAAAUGACGUCCGAAAUAUAUGGCUACCGUCUUCUAACAAACACCCCCGAGGCACAUUUCUGUUCAAAAUUAAGCUGUGAUUGCUAGGAACCACAGAUUGCAGAGAACAAUAAAAAUGCUGGGGUAUUAUUUGACUUAUUUGGUUGUAAACGGACAGCCUAACGCACAUUGUUUGUGAGACUGAAAAUGUUUAUAAAUCUGGCGAAUAGAUUUUAUUGAACUUCCCACACACUUCACCGUUCAAACUAUAGUACACCGGCUGCAUGUAAUAUUCUAACAGUUUAAUGUAUUUUUCAACAGGUGCAUGUUCAGAAUGCUACUCUGGCUGGUGGUGUGGCAGUUGGUACACUUGCUAAUAUGAUCAUUGAACCAUGGGGAGCUAUUCUUAUUGGUUUUCUGGCCGCAAUUCUCAGUGUUGUAGGAUAUAAGUAUAUCACGGUACGCAGUAUUUGAUCCACAUAUUGAUAUCUAUGAAACUGCUGUAUGACUAGACUGCAAGCGGUCCCUCCUUUCCGCGGGUUUAGAUUUUCGGGCAUGCGAAGGGAAGGGAGGGACUGCAUACAACACAUCGGGAAACGAAAUACGCGUUGCCCACACAACGCAAAAUUCCCAUUGCCGGCAACGCCAUUGGUCGAAAUCGAUACGCCUGUCAAUCAAAUCUGAUAUGUUGUAUUAUGCUAUAUAAAUAAUUUCCAGACUGAAUGUUGAUUUUAUACACUAGGGUGUGUUGUCAGAAUAUUAUGAACGUUUUAUAAUAUUAAGAACUCAUUAAGAACUCAUUAAGAACUCAUUCAGUUGGAACUUACUAAGUUAUGUAGCUGAUUAUGCAGCGUAUUAUUAGUUAGAUUAUCUAGUAUAUUGUUAUGUUAAUAAAGUAAAAAACCCAUAAAAAUAAAACGCUAUUUUAGACUUAGAUUAAUAUAAAUACUGUAUAUGUAGUCGGUAAAGUACGUGUCAAAAAUACAAUUUAGUGAAACCGAUAUUUGAGUUUAUAACAUUGGCGACGAGGAAGAAACAAAGUUAGUAUGCUGUAUGCCUCCUAAAUCGAGAAAGGCGUUAAAAAUCGAAGAAUUCGAGCCAGACGAAGACAUAUUAGAAACCACAUGCAAAUGGAAUUGUGGAGACGAAGACUCGAGAUUCAAAUGAAAUAUUUCGACAUCGUAAAGCCAGACGAUAUGAAAGCAGCGUUGUUAGUUUAUGGUGGCGACAAAAUCCUUUCGAUAGACGAGAACGGAGCUGAAACAGAAGGCGACUUGGACGAAUACUUAUAGCGAAGAAGAAGCUUAUAGCGAAAAUUGAGCAUGUAUACGUGGCGAAAAACACGAGAUUGCACGCGAGGUUUAGAUUUAACAAAGCCGUUCGACAAUCGAAUCAAUCUAUUGCUCAAUACGAACUCGAACUUCGACGACUCGCUAAAGAGUGUGACUUUCACAGAUACGACAAAGAAAUGAUUUUAGACCGUUUGAUAUUAACGUGCAAAGACGAAAGCCUUCAAGCGAAAGCGUUAGAAAACAACUGGACACUCGAAGACUUCUUAAAGUAUGCGACUACAAAGCAAGACGUCGAAGCACAAAGAAACGAAAUGAAAAUGGAAAUUAAGAAAGAAUCACUCGAAAUACGAAGAGUAGCUGAUAAAAGAUUCUCGAGAGGAAAUUCGCAAAAGCUGUACUCGUUUAGAAAUCGUGAAAACCCGAGAAAACCCGUCAGCGACGUGAAAGAUAACAAAACCUGCACGAAGUGUGGUCGUGACAAAUCACAUUCUACAUGCCCAGCUGCCGAAAAAGAAUGUUUCAAUUGUCGAAAGAUUGGUCAUUUCCGUGCACAGUGUUUCUCAAGAAAACCCGACAGCAGAUCGAAGCAAGUAAAAGCUGCUGGCUUGCAUGGUGGUUCUGUGAUGAAUGAUUUCCAACAAGAUUCUGUCGACUCUUCUGAUUCCGAUCCUGAGUUUUACAAAUGUGUGAGCGAGAAAUCGGGCAUACGGGCAGUAAAAGGACAAAAUACUAGCAACAUUUUGUUACCUGUUUACAUCUGUGGAACCAAGAUUAUCGUUGAUCCAGAUACCGGCGCUGAUGUCGACCUAAUCUCAAUUAAAGAUUUCAAGAAAAUUCAUGAGGCAAAUCCUGAGAUCAAGAAACAAAUAAAGAAACCAAAACAGAAGAUCUACGCCCUGAAUGGUGAAGAGCUGGAAGUCAUAGCUACAAUUAAAGAUGCAAAGUUGUCAAAUAAGAACGCAGAAACACUCACUGAUCUCUACGUUAUUGAGGACGGUAUUCAUAAAUUCCCAUUAUUAUCAGAAAGAACACUAAUGAAUCUUGGUAUGAUUAAAUACAGCGCUGAGAGAGAGUUUGUGAAGAAAGUUGACGCGAGAAAGAGCGAUGACAAAGAAGGAAAGUGUAAACCUGAUGAUAAAGUACCACAGGAAGAGCUCAGAAAGAUCCUGCAGAAACAUAAGAAGAUGUUCCAAG